AGGAAAGGAUCGGCUCAAAACCAGUCAGCAUCAGCCUUGUAGUUUGUGUCUCCUGGCUAUGGGUCACAUCCCUGGCUUUUGGAGUCGCAAAUGAGGAGCUCAGCGACGCGUCUUGUGCGUUGUCUUUGCGAGCAGAGAGACAGAUCCCACUUCAGUCCUUCGGCGGGCCAAUCAUCGAAGACGCAGAAGAUCACCAAGUGUCACAGGUGCUCGGCUCAAAGGGCGAGAAGCCUUGCACGAACGACUGCCGAUGGGAAAUCUUUGAGCAGCCUUUGUCGCAUUUUGAUCCUACAAAUCUCACGUUCAAGCAACGAGUCUGCAUCUAUGAUGGCUACGUCGAUGGGGAUGGCGGACCAAUCUUCUUCUACCCCGGGAAUGAGGCAGCAGUCGAUCUAUAUGUCAACAACACCGGCCUUAUGUGGGAACUUGGGAAAGAGAUGGGCGCGCUGCUUGUCUUUGCAGAGCACCGCUACUUUGGCCAGUCCUCGCCCAAACUGACUGGAAUGAGUGGUUGCUUGAAGUACUUGACUUCCGAAGAGGCAAUGGCAGACUUUGCCAAGAUUGCGUGGAGUCUCACGCGCGUUGCAACAGAAGACGGGAGCCAUGUUGCCUCGCCUUCCAAAGUUGUGACUUUUGGGGGCUCCUAUGGUGCGCUGCUCUCUGCCACAAUGCGUCUCAAGUACCCUCAUUUGAUUUCGGCUGCAAUCGCAUCGUCCAUGGUUGUCAACCAAAUGGUCAACACACCUCGGGAACAGUGGGGCAAUUUUCAGAGGAUUCGCAAAGGAAUGGACCUGGUGCCGCACUGCGCAGAUGGUAUGUUGGCAGCGACGACGUUUCUUUACGAUGCUUACUUGCACAAAAAGGCCUCACUGAUUACUCCUGCGCUGAACGCUGCGCUGCCAGGCCUUUGCAGGCCACUGGAAAGUGAAACCGAUAUCUACUUUCUUGCCAUUUGCCUUCAAGGAAGGCAUGAAAAGCUGGCGCAGUCUAGCUAUCCUUUUGAAUCCGACUACCUGAGUGCUGGAUCUUACUUUGGCAGUACUGUUAUGCUUCCUGCGUAUCCACUCCAAGCCUUGUGUGAGAAGUUCAACGAGACGGCGGCAGCAGUCAAUAUCACGGGCGACACGGACAGUCUCAGGUUCAAAAUUAUGAUGAAUCGCCUGAUGGUAGAGGUAGAUUGGACUGCUACCAAAGCCGAUUACUCAGCUGAGGAGUUCAACAAGAGUGGCGUGCCUGAAUUGGUUGCUGCCAUAUUCGGGGCAUAUGAGAGCAUUUGGCAACAUGACCCAUUUACUUACAAUUGCCCAGAGUCAAAGACAAGCACUUCUUCAUCAUCACUCGGCGAGUUAGCCAGCAUGCAAGGGCCUGACGAUGUUUGUACAAAGGAGCUCCCUGACGACGGAGAGGCCUGGCAAGUGCUGGUCGUCAACGACCUACACUACGCUGCCUCUGGGCCACCAACCGGCUUGGUGUAUGCCCUACCUCCUCUGGGCUCGAACCGCGACUGGACAGUCAAGCAGCUGAUUCAGGAGCAGGCAGAACGCGGAGAGAAGAACGUCCGAAGAUGGGCGAAUUCUGGGCUUUUCGGGGCGAGGCCGGGCAAACUUGAUUUGUACGCCGACGAGUUCAAGAGCAGUCUCAAGAGCAUGGUUGGCGAAAUGUCGAAUGUGUUCUUCACGGUUGGAGAGCUGGACCCCUGGGGGGGGUCUGGCCUCACAGAAGACAUGGCCCUGCAGAAUCCGUCCAACAGGUUUGCUUUGAUCAAGCGGGGAGGGCAUCACGUCGACACGUUCUUUAGCACCGACCAAGACUAUGAGGAACUCCGUCAAGUCCGGGAGGAUGAGAAACAGUUCAUCAAGGACAUCAUCGAUGGAAAGUGAGGUGCGCAAUUGAUUCUCAGCAUCUCGCCAGCUAUAAGGAGGCGCGGAAGUUGAGGAACACUUCCGUCGCGCAAUGCCGGCGUCAUUGCGCGCAGCGUGCUAAGCAUGUUCCACUAUAAUAAGGAUUCCUCGGAAAUUGAGGACCACUUCCCGAAUUUGUCAUCGCGCAACGAGCACAUGGAGA